UCAUGAAUGGAAGAGAUAUGGUCAUUAUGCCUUAUAGGCUUACAGUUUACAGAAGAGGUCUUUUCAUGUGGUUUUAUGUACCUUCACUGCCCAUGGGUGGGUCUCAUUUAAGUCUUUUUUGGAUAGUUAUUUUUGUACUGAGGGAUGACGAGGUAGAGCUAAAGGGAGCUCUGUUCUGCACAGAGGAAAUGGGCGUUCUCCUUGGAAAGUCUGGGGGUGUGGUAAGACUGGAAAGAAGAGGACCACCAAGAGGGGCACAAUGUUGUAGAGUGGUGAAGCUGCUUCUAAGCUGCUCAAGAGAUCUGAUUCAGAGGGACAGGCAAUACUCAGGGGAGUUGAGAAUGGCAUACCUGCUUAUGUUUGUGACCUUGCUGCAUCUCAUCACACUGGCAAUGCUGUUCAUUGCAACCAUGGAGAAGUCCUGGUGGGUGUGGGAUGGCUUGGAGAACUCAGACCUAUGGUACAACUGUAGGUUUGACAACUUGACAGGAAGUUGGUUGUGUGCAUCCUCCAAAGAAACUGACUGGCUUAAGGCAGUGCAGGUCCUGAUGGUUCUCUCGGUGGUCUUCUCCUUCGUCUCUUUCUUGGUGUUCCUGGGUCAACUGUUUACCAUGUCUAAGGGUGGACUCUUCUACUUCACUGGGCUGUGUCAAGUCUUUUCAGGGCUGAACGCCUUUUCUGCAGCUCUCAUCUACACAUUACACAAUAAGGCAAUCCUUCAGGACUCCAGAGAACUGACAUCAGGACACUAUGGCUACUGCUUUAUCCUGGCCUGGGUGUGUGUCCCAUUGUUGCUGUGUAGUGGGAUCAUAUAUAUCCACUUGCGUAAGAAAGAGUGACCAGAAAAGGAAAACAACAUGGAAAAAGUGAAAGAAAAUUUCAUGGAAUUUUUUUUAUGCACUUGACUAUUUGUCUUAAACAUAAUGCAGGAGUCACAGAGUUACAAAUGCCUUUGUUAUGAUUUUUGCUCAGGCUUAAUGUGACAAUGUUUUGAAUUGUAGAUAUGUUCAGGCUACAUUGGAAACAUCUCAAAAAAAUAAUGGGCUUUCUCUUGAACAUUGAAUUCUCAAAAUCAAUUCAAUAUGCAAUGCUCAUCUUCUUUUUAAGACAUGCUUACUAGGUUGUAAGAGUUUUUUGUUGUCCUGUGUUGACCAAGGAAGGUAAAUACCAAAGCAGUGUUAUGUAGGCUAGCCUACUUUUUUAAUUAUUGUAGGUGUCAUGAGCUAUUUGAAUAGCUUUUGAUUUUCACAAGAGCAAACUGAAAAUAUGUAUAUUUUUGUACCUAAAGCUGAUAUCCAAUAAUAUAUCCUAUUUAGUGCUUUCAAUAAAUAUCACAAACAAAAAAGGUGUGCAAAUCAUUUAUAGUUACAUUUAUUGUGAGGACACCAUCUGUUUUUGAUUCUAUUAAAUUGCACAUUUGAUACCAAAUAAGUCUGUAAUUAACAUUUUUAGACAUUAUUUGAUCAUAUUAAACUAUCUAACGUUA